AUGUGGAUACGGGCAAUACUGGUAGCUGUGCUGGUGUGUCUCCUGAUUCUACACUUUGUGAAAUGGCUCCAAAACCAGAAGAAGUACCCUCCUGGGCCUCCUCUAUAUCUAGUAGCUGCAAAGUUUAUGCAGUCCGGAUUCAAAGUUCAUCCUGAGAUGUUAACUGAGUAUGCGAAGGAAUAUGGAAGCAUUUACACGAUAUUGAGCCAGCCUGAGCCUGUGGUAAUAGUGUCUGGAUACCAAGCCAUCAAAGAAGUGCUAAUAAAGUAUUCAGACCAAUUCUCUGCGAGAAUGCUCACUCCAUGCUUGAAAACUUUAGCACUUGAAAAGGGUAUCGUAUUUUCUAAAGGUUACACCUGGAAGCAGCAGAGGAAGUUUGGAGUAGUUACAUUGCGGAAGCUGGGGAUGGGACAGAAGGCUCUGCAAAAACAAAUAGAAGAUCUGGCCUUUCUACUUGCGGAGACUUUUGCACGUGAAAACGGGCAGCCUUUUGACCCUUCAAUACCCAUCAUUGCGGCAGUCUCCAAUGUGAUCUAUGCUCUGGUUUAUGGACAACGGUUUUCUGUUGAUGAUGAAUAUUUUCAAGAGAUAUUGGAUGCCCUUGAAUAUAUUGUAAAAUUUCCAAGUAGCUUCUUUCAUCUUCUCUUUGAAAUUGCCCCAUGGCUCAUGAAACAUAUCGAAUGGCCAUACAGGAAGGCACAUGCCUCUGUAGAUAUUGUGUUUACACAAGCAAGGAAAGAGAUAGAAGCGCAUAGGGAGCAACUGGCAGCGCAUGAUCCACGGGACUUCGUCGACCACUAUCUACUGCAGAUUGAGAAAAGCAAGAAUGACCCCUCUUCAACGUAUGACGAAGACAACUUAGUUCAUUGUAUUGCUGACUUCCUUUUUGCUGGGACAGACACGAUCAGUGCCACUCUACGAUGGGGACUGCUUCUCUUGGCGCUUUAUCCAGAUAUCCAAGAGAAAGCCCAGAAGGAGAUGGAUGAUGCUUUUGGUUCCUCGCAAUCAAUUAGCUUUGAAGAUAAGAUGGAUGUGCCUUAUACCUUAGCUGUGAUUAAUGAGAUCCAGCGUUUCAAACGUGCCAUAUUAGCUUCAAACCCAAGACAAAGUGUGGAGGAUGUGACCGUUCUUGGUUGUUUCAUUCCAAAGGAUUCCAUUAUUAUUCCAGAUGUACACUCAGUUCUUUUUGAUCCCAAGAUAUGGGAGACCCCUCAAAAGUUCAACCCAAAUCAUUUUUUGGACAAAGAUGGAACAUUUGUGGAUAGAGAAGAACUUCUUAUCUUUGGUGCAGGAGCCCGUGAUUGUAUGGGGAAAAAUUUGGCAAAGAUGGAGCUUUUCUACUUUUUCACCAUCCUGCUGAAAGCAUUCACCUUCAAGCUGCCAGAAGGGGUGACAGAAGUCAACUUAGAGCCUGUAGGUGGUGUGCUAUUGUAUCCGCAACUUUAUGAGAUCCGUGCUGUUCCCCGAGUUCACUGA